AUGCCGGUCGAGUGCCGCGUAUGCAGCAACCCGAAGGGGGUUUUUCGGUAUUAUGGAGCGUCGGUAUGCGCGCCAUGCAAGGUGUUCUUCUUGAGAGCCGUCCAGAACAAAGAGACUUACAUAUGCGGAAAGGAUGGGGAGUGCCCGAUCACGCCCGAGCGCUGGACAAAAACUUGCCGAGCAUGCCGGUACCAGAAAUGUAUCUCGGUGGAUAUGGACCCGAAAGCUGUCGGCACAUCCAAAGCCCAAAAGAAACGACAACGCGCCAUUCUGGAGGGCUGUGACGAUCCGUUAUGGCCAAAGCAGACAGUGAACCAUUGGCCAGCCCUCGUCUACGAGGCUGUCAGUUAUGGAGCUUCUACUCGACUAGAGGAUUUGAGCGACAAAGCUCUGCGCUCCAUCAAGCCUCGGCCGGCCGUCGAGGUUACGGAGGAGUACAACGUUUCCAACUCUGCCUACAACUGGGUCGAGCGCUCGGUGUGCCCCUACUUCGCCGACAAGCCGGUCAAGUUAAAUAUGACAAUUGACCGCGCCUUCCGGACAUCAGCGAUCGGAGAUGAGUAUCUCGCAUUUCUACGAUGUGAAGACCCGAGGAAGCUGGUCAGGAAGUUGGUCGAGCUGGAAAGCCACUGCUACAUGGACCAGGCGAGCAUCUACGAGCCGGUGCAUGAAAAUAUGGACUUGCCUUUUGCGGAGGCUUUGAAGGACCCGCUACGAUGUGGAAGAAGGACGCCGCUUGACUGGAACAACAAAGUAUUUCGCGUACCGACGAUGAUCGACACGAUCAAAAAGGUGUACUGCCGGCUGACCGUGUAUUAUAUCGAUUGGCUACGCGGGCUUCCGGAAAUGACCGAGAUUUGUGGAUCGGAAAGGCUUCGUCUUGUCUCCGACCAAUUAGCCGCUACGCUCAUGACCUCCGUCAUCUACCAUAGCUACAAAACCGGAUGCCCAGGCCUGGCCUUGUCGUGCGGAUAUCACUACAUGAUGGGCCGGAGAGAGGGACACGAGUUCGACUUCUUCCUUGAUCGCCUCGCCGCCUACGGACAUGACCACAUUGCUACAAUCUUCCGGGAGAUUGACAUCACGUUCGAGGAGUUCUGCAUCGUCAAGAUGAUCUCCUUCUGCACAGCUCACCACGCGCUCGGCUCCGAGAAGGCCGGCAAUGUUCUGCAGCAUGCCAGGCGGAAAUAUGAAUGGGUCCUUGGCGAACACGUUAGGACCAAGUACGCCCAUCUUUCCGACUAUGAAAAAGCCAGACGGAUCGAGAAGCUGAGCUCCUUGCCUCUCAGGUUCCAGCAAAUGGGCAUCAUGGACAACGCGUACAUCCGGAGGAUGGUAAUGCUGGAUAUCUGCGGCUUCAGCGCUCCCUUGACCUACGAUAUCCAUAUGCGGGAAUUUAAU